AUGCAGAAUUAGGAACAAGAUUAGUUUAGACCUGUAACAAUUUAUAAUUUAUAUUCAAAGGCUUUUAUGAUAUUAGAUAAUGCUUCAGUUACAGAUUAAAUCUAUCACAUUUUCUAUUUUCAAUUCUUUAUGAUUUUUGACCGAAAAAGUGAUCCUCCAGUCAACAAAUCAUUCCAACCCUUAAACUUUUAAUCAAUAAUUGGUUGUACUCUUGAUUUUUGCUCAGAAACAGUUCUAAAAUUGUGUACUGAUUUAACAUGUUAUUUGGAAUUGCAAUACCAGAUCUCUCUAAAUGAGUUGCAUCUAUUUUAUUAACAAAUGGAAAUCUAUUUUAUACCACUUAUGACAAAUUAAGUGGUUAAACUGAAUAAAUUAAAUUUAUCAACUCUUAAAGAAUAAAUGAAUGUCCUAUAUGUGAAAAAGAAUGUCAAGUUUAAGGUUUUGCUAGAAUUAGUUGUCCACUAUGUUUAUCAUAAAUUAUUGCAUUUGCUUUCCUACUUAUGCUGGUAAUAUUGUUAUGAUUUUUUUUGA